AUGAAAAUUUUCAGUGUAAUUAAAAUUUUUUGUAGUGCAGAAAAAAGUUUUAUCAAUUUCGGUAGUUUCAUUUGUCCCCGUGAAGAGAUCGCCCUAGGUCGUUGCCUAAGAGACGCGCUCAACUCCUACAUACCGCAAUUAGCAACAGGAGUACCAGAAUACGGUGUGCCAUCAUGCGAGCCGCUUUUCGUUCCAUCUUUAGCGAUCGAACAGACAGCGGGACCAAUAUCUGUGACAUCCUCGUAUACAGACGUAUCAGUCAGAGGGCCUUCGACCAUGAGGGUGAAAGAUGUUCAGGUUCAUUCUGCGAAACAUGAGGUGAUUGCUACGCUUCAUAUACCAGAACUUAGGAUGAAGGGUAACUACAACUUGAAGGGGCAACUUUUAAUGUUGCCAAUAGAGGGAGAUGGCAAAUUUUCCGCUAAAUAUGACGAUAUCGACGCAACAGUGACCAUAGUUUUGGGAAGAAAACCUCGUCUCAAUGCAGCGGAUGCUCUUGCUUGCAAAAAACUUGAUGUUAUGUUCAACGUUAAGAAGGUUUCGAUGGAUCUGGACAAUCUGUUUGGUGGAGAUGGAGACUUAGGAAAUGCAAUGAACAAAUUUUUGAAUGAAAAUUGGGAGAAACUGUCUAAAGAACUACAAAGUCCAAUGGAAGAGGCUUUAAAAGAUUUUUUCAAGCCGUUGGCAGAUCAUGUAUUGAGUACAUUAGACGCUGAUGAUAUUUUGUUGCCAUAAA